GACUACUUCGACCAGUCCUUGGACGAGAUCAAGCUGCUGCGGUACAUCAACGACGAGGACCCGGACGACGCCAAGGGCAUCCUGCGGAUGUACGACUACUUCUACCAUCGCGAGCACCUCUUCAUCGUCACCGAGCUCCUCCGCGCGAACCUAUACGAGUUUCAGAGGUACAACCUCGAGUCGGGCGAGGAGCCCUACUUCACGCUGUCGGCGCUGAAGAAGAUCUCGAGGCAGCUGCUGACGUCGCUCGAGUACCUUCACUCGCUGGAUCUCAUACACUGCGACCUGAAACCCGAGAACAUCCUGAUCAAGAGCUACAGCCGGUGCGAGGUCAAGGUCAUCGACUUUGGCUCGAGCUGCUACGUCACCGACCACCUCUCGUCUUACGUGCAGUCCAGAUCCUAUCGAGCGCCCGAGGUCAUCCUCGGCGCUCCAUAUGACACGAAGGUUGACGUGUGGAGCCUGGGGUGCAUACUCGCCGAGCUUUACAGCGGCGAGGUGCUGCUGCACAACGACUCGCUCGCGUCGUUGCUGGCGAGGUGCGUCGGCAUCUUCGGGCCUUUCGACCCGCGCUUACUUCGCCGCGGUCGAUACUCUGCAAACUACUUCACCAAGAGCGGCUUGGUGUACGAACGGUGCGAGAAGACUGAGAUGCUGAGGCUGAUGCGACCGAAGAAGACCACGCUGGCGCGUAGGCUGGGUUUCGACCCCGAGGUGGACGAGGCCGAGUGCGGUUCCGACGGGUUCGUCGGAUUUCUCCUGGCGCUCCUCGCGGUCAACCCCGACGAGCGGCUCACCGCGACGCAGGCGCUCACGCACCCCUGGCUGGCCGAGGAGGAACUGCGGGAGGAGGACGAGAAGGAUGACGAGAAGCGGGAGGGGGCCGCGGCGGCUGAGGAGGGCGACGCGGCGGCGGACGGGGAGACAAAGGCGGACGAGGGCGGGGGCGUCUCCCCGGACCUCAUGCCGACGGAGGCGAACAUCGAGGCGGAGGAGGAGGCGGCGGAGCCGAGGAUGGUGGAGGCGCAACUCUAG